AUGGAUCUCCAGACGGCGUUCGUGGCCAGCGGCCAUGACAGCAUCGGCGCUCUGUCGUCUCCCGGACCGUCGUCUUUCGCCGCUCUCGCUGCGGCUUUCAUUCCGACGGCCGUGAUUGCGACUUUGUACAUUCUCGCAUUCGUCCUCAUCAGACCAAAGUUCCCUAACAUCUAUUCUCCGAGAACGUACAUUGGCACAGUCGAGGAAAAGAAUCGCACGCCAUGUCCGAAAUCACCAGGUUACUUUGGCUGGGUCCACACGAUAAGGACCGUCCCUGAUAAAUUCAUGCUUUAUCAUCACUCGCUCGACUCAUACUUGUUUCUUCGCUUUCUCAGGACCUUGAUCUUCAUCUGCAUCGUGGGUGCCGUGAUAACCUGGCCGAUCCUCAUGCCAGUCAACUGGACAGGUGGCGGCAGGUCCAGGGAGCUAAAUCGCAUUGCAAUCGGCAAUGUGAAGAAGAAGAACCAUCUUUAUGCUCAUGCUGUUGUUUCUUGGGUUUUCUUCAGCUUCGUCAUGUUCACAGUCGCGCGUGAACGGCUUUGGCUCAUUGGACUGCGACAGGCGUGGAAGCUAUCCAAGACAAACGCGAAGAGAUUGUCCUCGCGCACUGUUCUCUAUCUCUCGGCACCUAUCGCAGCUCUUGACGAGAGCAACAUGCAUAGAUUCUUCGGCGACGACGCAGUCAGGAUAUGGCCAGUCACCAAGGGCGAUAAGCUGGUAUCCCUCGUCUCAGAAAGGGACUCGAAAGUUGAAAAGCUGGAGAGUGCCGAAAUGACAUUGAUCCUAAAUGUUCAUAAAGAAGUGGGGAAGAGCCACAACCGGAACAUCAAAUACGAGCAGCUACCGAAGCAAAUGAAGAAGUCAUUACGUCCGACCCACAAGUCGAAGACGCCAGUUGUUGGAAAGGAAGUCGACAGCAUCAAUUACUACCGCGACCAAAUCAAAGAGAAGGAGGGUGAAAUUGAAAAAGCCCGCGAAUCAAACGAGACAGUCGAAAGCCGUAAUGGCGCAGCAGCGGUAUUUGUGGAAUACCGCACGCAGCCUGCGGCUCAGCGAGCUUACCAACAAGUCGCGUCCUCAGAUGUGCUGGCUCUUGCACCCCGCUUCUUAGGGCACACACCGAGCGAUAUCGUCUGGAAGAAUCUGAAUCUGCCACCAGCACGCCGUAUAUCGCAAAGUGGUGUCGCGAUCUCCCUCGUGGUCGCUACCAUCAUAUUCUGGUCAAUUCCCGUCUCUGUAGUUGGUGCCGUCUCAAACGUUCAGUAUCUUGCCGAGAACUUCGAGUGGCUUUCGUUCCUCAAUAAGCUUCCGCCUACGUUGAUGAACUUGCUGAGUGGUCUGCUACCUCCGCUUCUGCUGAGUGCAUUAGCUAGUUAUGUGCCGAACAUCUUCAGAUAUAUAUUCACGAAAUUUGGAGACCCUACAAAGACCGUCAUCGAGUUGAAGGUACUGAGGUGGUACUACGUCUUCCAAGUGCUGCAGGUCUUUCUCGUCACUACGCUAUCAUCCGGAGCUGCGGCUGUGGCGUCUCAAAUCGCCCAAGACCCAAGCUCAGUACCUCAACUUCUUGCGGAGCGUCUGCCACGAGCAUCAAACACCUAUCUCACCUACUUUGUUGUCCAGGCAUUAACCAAUGCUCCGAGCAAUAUUCUGAAUUACACCGAUGUUCUGUUCUAUGUCUUUUAUGACAUAUUCUGGGACAAGACACCUCGCCAAAAGUACAAGACAUACACCUCAAUGAGAGGUAUGUCCUGGGGCAAAUUGUUUCCAAAGUACGGCAACUUUGCUAUUAUCGCGAUCGCCUACGCAUGCAUUGCACCACUUGUUCUUGGCUUUGCUGCCAUCGGUCUUGUGAUCUUCUACUGGAGCUAUCGAUACCAACUACUAUACACCUCGCAACCUAAGAUUGACACCAAAGGCCACGCCUAUACGCUUGCUCUUCAGCAGAUUCUCACUGGCAUCUACAUUGCCGAGCUCUGCCUCAUCGGUUUAUUUAGCCUACGCAACGCCACCGGACCCUUAAUUAUGCUUGUUAUCCUCUUCCUUGCCACAGCUAUCUUUAACUACACUAUGAAUCGCUACCUCGCUCCGCUUGAAGAGUACAUGCCUGCAGAUCUUGCACCCAAGUCGGAAGACGACGAACAAGCACCUUUCCUCUUGUCAGCCGAAGAAGGCGAGUCUGACGCUCUGCGUCAUGCAGAGGAGAGGAUCGACCGCGUCAGCGAGCGGACACACGUCCCAGCAAAGGUCAUCUCGCCCUUAGCUCGCUUCUUGCAGCCACACGUGUUUGCUAGCCAUGCGGCGAUGAAGCAAUGGCUACGCGACGGCGACUUUGACGAAGACGAUGAGCCGCAGUACAAGGAAGAGGACUUGAAGAAGGCAUAUUUGAACCCAGCGUUUGCGAGCAAGACGCCUAUUGUGUGGUUGGCUAGGGACAGUAUUGGUGUGAGUAAAGAUGAGAUUAGCGAGAAUGAAAAGGUAGACUUGAAGACUACGGACCAGGGGGCGUGGAUCACGGGGGAUGGCAAGCUAAAGUGGAGUGUUGAUAACUUUGAGGAAGUGCCUGUGUUUAAGCAGGAUGCUAAAUGGUAG